AACGAAUACUAACACAUAGAAUGGGUGUCAUAUCGAUGCUACCUUCCUGGGUUAGCAAGGCACAAUCUAGAAUGUACAAUGCUAAAUCUAUAUAUUCCAUUCGUGUACAACCGUUCAGUAGUACUUACGACCCAGAUAAAAUGAUGAAACUAUACCAAAAUGUACAUAGACCAGAUGAUGAUAUGGUAGAUGCAGAUAUAAUAGGACUUACGUCCUCUAUAGCAGGUGCAUGCUGGCACAAAGCAGCAUUGACAGAAUAUGUUGAUAGUGAAUAUAAUAGACAAGAUGAUCCCAAUGAGCAGGAAUGUAAUAGGAUGCAUAGCCCAUACAGUGGAUUUCAACAGACAAAAGAAGAGUUGCUAAAGGAAAUGCAAUUACUCAUGAAAAAUGAUAGAGAACAACAGAAUAAGCUGAGAUUAAUGCUAGCAAAACAGCAUAAAUUGCAAAUAGACCAUGAACAUCAUAUGAAAAAGGUUAAUACAAUGACACUAUUGAAAAUAGCAAAGCAAAUAAGUACAAGAAAACCAGCGGAAUAUGGAUUACCUACAGUAGCAAAAAGAAGACAAAGAGAACGUCAAUAUUAUCGCAAUCUACAAAGGGUAGAUAAUACAAAACCACCAGAAGAUGAAUCGUUCUAUAGAAAAGUGCAUACGGAUAGCAACGAACUUGUUAAAGUACUGGAUGUUGAUCGAAUACCAGUAACACUACUGCAUCACAUGCUGUGCUAUACACUGGUAAAACAUACGCCAGCAGAAGCAGUACUUAGUAUAGUGUCCAGAAUAGCAGUACUCAGAGAUAAUAACAAACAUACAGCGUACCAAAGCAUACUAAGAGAUGUAGCACGAUUAGUAGGACCGGUAUCAAGAGCUGAAGUGGUGGCACUACUAUCCAGAUGCUACCAAAGUAUAAGCAUACCGUUCAUGGUAGACUACGUAAGGAGGUUUGGGACAUUUUCACGGAAAUUCAUGGCAAAACUCAUACAACAACAGGCAAAUCCACUGCCGUUGGAUUUCCUAAGGUAUAAAGCACACCAAAAAGCACCAAACCAACUAGUAACCAGACCUUGGGCACUAUUCGGAUACGUUAAAAAACUUAAAAAGUCAUCGGCGAAAAUGUACAUGUACCAUAACCUGCUAGCCAGAGGAUAUGUACCAGAUGAAAAAAAAUUCGAUGCAUACCACGCAUUCGGUACACUAGAUACACAAAUGGCAAACACAAUACUCAACGCAGAAAGAAUGCUUAACGAUACCGUGGAAUUCAAUAAACAAAAGGAAGAUCCACUGAGACCAAAAAUAAUAGAUGAUGUAAUAGAAGCACAAAUGCUAGGAAUACCAUUGCAAGAAGUACAAGAAGAAACAAAAUAUGAAACACCAACUAAAACAAGCACACAAUUGGUCAAAAUACAAACACAUAUCGCACAAGAACAUAGCAAACAUACUACAGGAUACCUAAACAUAGAUGAUACAAUCAAACCAGAUAGAAGUCAUAUAUCAUGGACAGUACCUUGGGGAAGGAAACGUGAUACAUUCCACUUCAAAGGCAAAUCGUAUCUAAUGGAUACACAACAAGGAUGGAAAAUAAUGAAAACACCAGUGAGAAUACACUACUUCAAAAAUGUACAAAUGAAUAAAAGAAAAAGAUUCAGAAAGGCAUUGAGAAAAAAAGCAAGCAAAUUAGCAAUAGACGCUAUAGUAAAACAAAAUAAGUAAAUAACAUUAAGUUCA